AUGUCUUUAUAUUUACAAACAAUAACUCCUGAAAAAGAAAUAUUAAAAAAUGAAAUUGAAUUUGUUGUGAAAGGUUUUUCAGAAGAAAAUGAUGAAAGAUUUGAUGUUGAACCUGAUACUGGUUAUGUAGCAUUUAAACAUUAUAAUGAUUUACGUGAAAAACAUUUUAAUUUAGAAGGUGAACAAUCGAUAUAUUUUUUAGAAGAACAGCGAAUCGAGGGCGAACUCAACGAGCAAGAAGAAAUUGUUGC